AUGGCAGUCGGCGCAUCCUCCGACGAGCGCACCAGGCUGAUUUGGUCGCGCGUCUACCAGGAGCUGAUCCAGGAUGCCGUACCUGAUGCGCGCUUCAACUAUGACUUCAUGGCCUUCACGCCCGACUUCAGAGGCUCUGCUGCCGCCGUCGAGCGCCUGGCUGCCCUGCCCUGCUACCACUCUGCCCAGGUCAUCCUUGCCAUGCCCGACAAUAGCCUAGAAUGCUUGCGCGCCCGCGCCCUCAAGGAUGGGAAAAGGCUCAUUGUGGCUACUCAUCGCUUGCGCAGGGGUUUCCUCGUUUUGGACCCGGGGCGUAUCGAUGCGAGCAGAUACGACCUAGCCGCUUGCCUGGAUGGAAUGGAAAAGGCUGGUGCCGGACGGCCCGUCACGCUCGCCCAGAUGCGCGAUGAGGGUCUUAUGAUCGACAUGUGCGUCAUAGGCGGUCUCAUCUUCAACGUUCAGGGCGUCAGCAUCUGGGGUGGGCAGAAUCUGUUCGAAGUGCAGUGGGCGAUGCUGCAAGACCUGGGCGUACUACGCCACCAGGCCCCUGUCGUUGCCAUUGUCCAUGCCUCCCAAGUUAUAGACGAGGCUCGAAUCAGCAUGGAGACAAUCAAACCCACCAGGUCAGGAGAAGUCCAAUGUGAUUUUGUCAUCACGCCCCAUGCCAUUUUUUCAGUCAAUGGAGCCGUCAAGCCUACAGGGAGCCUCAACUUCGACACUAUAGAUCCAGACAGCCUUCAGAGCAUCCCGCCACUACAGGAACUGCGGGGUAUGCGCAUGAUGGAGAACAUCAUGCAAAGAAAUGGCUUCGCGUCUGAGCAGAGGCCCAUACCCCAGCUUUCUGCUGAGGAACAGAUGGGCAUCAGUAUUGUAGACAGGCUGAUGCAAAAUCAUAAGAGUUGA